UAUAUAUAAACCCUACAAUCCCAUAUCUCCAUGUAACCAUCAGCUUUUCUCCUUUUCCUAGGUAAAAAAAGAAGAGAAAAUGAGCGGUACUUGGUGUUUCGACAGCAAGAGCGGUGUGGUUCGCCUGGUUGAAAAACCCAAGGGCAAAGUACUUGUAUACAUUCCUUCUAACGAAGUAAUCACUUCUUAUGAGAUUCUUGAGACUAUAUUGUUGUCUCUUGGUUGGGAAAGAUACUACGGCGGUGAACCUGACCUUUUUCAGUUCCAUCAAAGGUCAUCCAUCCAUUUGAUCUCUAUUCCCAAAGAUUUUACCAAAUUCAAGUCCAUUCACAUGUAUGACAUUGUGAUAAAAAAUCGUAACAUGUUCAGGGUUAUUGAUAAAUGAUGUUUUUAUUUAUACGUCCUGUAUCACCACCACCCAGUACUGGUCUUCAUCACUAUUUUUAUAUAUAUAUAUAUAUAUAUGGGGUUUGGUAUUUAAAAUAAAACUGGGUUUUGGUUUCCUUAAGGAAGAUAAGAAGUGCUUUUAAGAUCUGUAUCAUUUUGCUUUGCUUUGCUUUGCUUGCUAUAAGUAGCUGUGACUAUACACUACAUGGCUUAAUUUCUCGUCUCAUGCAUGCUCUUUAAUUAUUAUGACUUAUCAAUGAAAAAUUAUAUGGUGUUUCUUUGUGUGUUCACAA